AGGGAUAUUAAAAAUUGAUUUAAAUGAAAAUGGAAACUACUAACACAUCCUUAUUGCCCUACGUGUUAGAUAUACUAAGUCGUCAGAAUGAUUACUGCACAACAAUAGAUGCGAUUUGCGAAAAGAUGCACAAUAUGAUACCUGAAAAUAGACUUAUUCCCUUCGGCGACCUCCGAGGUGCCGUCGAAUUUGCAGUGAAUCUUGGUGUUAAUCUCGGCCUGCUCACAUUGAGUGACAAACGGCUCCGCGUGCCAUUUAACUUUCGCGGCAAGCACAACAAAAAGCAGACGCAGACAGCAGAACGAAAAGCCAAGAAAGUUCAAAAGAAAGGGCAUCACUUGGCAAAAUCGAUACUACGUCGAUUACCAGUGUUCAAGCAAAUGAAGAAAUUUCCAUUAAAAAAUCGUCCUGCAGUUAGAGCCAAAUGUGCUGUUCAACGUCCAAAGACCCAAGUAACUCGCGGGAAUCGUCGAAACAGUGGAAAAACUCGCACUUAUCGCUAAUAAAAAUUGUGUUUGCCUGAGGGUUGUCUAUCA